GAAAAGUUAAAAGGCCAGAAAAUAAUAAUUUUAAAACAUGGCAAGCAAUGGUUUCAAACCGCGCACAUUUCCCAAACACUCCCCCUUGAUAUGCUACAACAAACCUGCCUCAGCACAGGUCAACCAACAGGAAUACGACGAUAAGCGUUUUGAAGCGCUCCAAGGAGAGCUCAUCGAGACAGUGAUCGUGCCAAAGCGCACCGCGCGCACCUGGACAAUGCAGACUGGCGACUUGUGUCGCAUCACCGUCUGCGAAGGCUCACAGGUGGGCGAUGUUAAUUUGUGGAACUUAGAUAAUACCAAGGAACGUUUCUACUCGGGCAAGACGCGCCAACUACAUAGCUCACAUCUGAAAGUGUACGAUCGCUUGUGGAGCAAUUUACCAUAUUUACGUCCGAUGGCCACUUUCGUUUACGAUUCGCUUGCAGCAUACGGCAUUGAUGAGGAUGGUGGUUCAUUACAUGAUGUGAUCGGUACGCGUUGUGAUGAUUACACUUAUAAGCUAAUCACCGGCAAAGAACGUGUGGGCAGUUGCCAUAGUUCGUUGACUAAAGCAGUGGUCGAGGAGCGCGGCAUGAAGGAGGAAGAUGUGCAUGAUGUAUGGAACAUUUUCAUGUGCACUGGUUUCACGAGAGAUACUCAACAAUAUUUUUGCAAGCCCAGUCCAGCUCGCAAGGGUGAUUACAUUGAAUUUGUAGCUGAUAUGAAUCUUUUAGUGGCAUUAAGCGCUUGUCCACAAGGUGACGUGUCUAUAACAGUGGGCGAAGAAGUACCUGAUGAAGUCUGUCAUCCACUUAAGGUGGAAAUUUUUCGCAAAAAGCACAUAUAAAAUUAUAGCGUUUAUGAGUAGUAAUAAAUAUCCAUAAUCU